AUGUCUUUCUCCGUGAGCUCUGCCAGCUUCGAGCACGUCAAAUACCUUGGCGAAGGUGGAUUUGGAUUGGUAAGUUUCUUGUGAAUAAUAUUGGCAUUAUUAGAUGUUUUGGUAAUUGUACUUUUAAAGGUACAAAAAUUAUCAAAACAAAGUAAAAUAAGGUUUACUCCAGUUUGGAAUGGCAUAGGCUUUGAUUUUUCUUUUCCUUGAAAGUUUUGGCUGUCUUGUAAAUCACCUUGUGAAUAUUAUUUGGAUUAUUGGAUGUCUUGAUGAGUUUUGUAGAUUUUAAGCUAUAAAAGUCACCAAAACAGUAUAAAAUGGGGGUUUCUUGACUUUGAAAUGAUUUUCAGUUUUAAUGUUGCUUUAUAUUGAAAGACUUGAAACUUGUUAACUAUCUUGUGGAUUAUAUUAAGAUUCUUGAACGUUUUGAUGAUCUUUUUAGUUUUGAAGCCACUAAACUCAUCAAAACAGCGUAAAAUGAGGUUUUCAUGACUGUAUUGACUUUAGAUUUGAUUAAUGCAUUUUUUGAAAGAUACGGCUGUGAAUCUUGUAAAAUACGUGUAAAUUAAACACUCAUCCAAUGCUUGGCUUAUAUUUUUGAUCUUUUUUAAAAAUUGUUUCUAAAAAAAUUUCGCUUCGGCACACAAGCCACGUCUUAAUAUUACUGUAAUGAGAUUGUAAACUCAUUUAAAAGUCUCAUAAUGCCAUUUUUUGUGAAUACACCAAAACAUGAAGUAACUGAUACUUAGCAAUGUUCUGUUAACAUUUUUUGGCAAAUUAUUGCUGCAAACACUUAAAAUUAGAUAUAUCGGUCAAAAGUUUCAUAGAAUUAACUUCCGUAAACUAAUUGAAAGUUUUCAAUGCCAAAUCAAAAAAAAAUAAAAGAUUUCCUGAUUAAAUGCCAUAUUAUCUUAUUUUUGUUAUUUAUGUAUUUUUUUUACGUUGUUGUUUUUCUAGGUGUCUGUAGUGAAGAAGAUUGGUGGCGUCGAUGCCGAGGUCAAUUACGCCAUGAAGUGCCUUAAGAAGUCAAAGGCGUACAGAAGUGAGGCCGCUAAAGGCCAAGUGAAAACCGAAAUUGAAGUAUUGAAGAAGCUGGACGGCACGUUCUUUGUGAAGCUGUGCUACAGCUUUGAGUCAAAACAUCUGAUUCACCUGGUGAUGGACAUGGUAGACGGGUGUGACCUGUUUGCCUACCUUCACCGGGUGAAAAAAAUGAGGCAAAAGCUAGGCCUAAAGCUGACGCGCUUCUUCGCGGCUCAGCUAGUGUUGGCCAUCGACUACCUGCACUGCGAGGGAAUGGCUUAUCGCGACUUGAAGCCUGAGAACAUUAUGGUCGACCGCGACGGAUACAUCAAGCUGAUUGACUUCGGCUACACCAAAAGCAACGUGAAGAAUGAUAUGUUGAUGUACACGUUCGCAGGUACAACGACGCAUCUGCCUCCAGAAGGUUACUACCCACAGAAAGGGUACACGUGGAUGGUCGACUGGUGGUCGCUUGGCAUCGUGGUUCACGAAAUGUAUUUCGGAAGAAUCCCGUUCGAUUCGCGCGACGUACAAGAGCUGUGGAGACAGGUCAGAAUACUGUAACAUUAAAAUAGUAAAUAUUACUAUAUAACUUAUAAAACACUACUAAAAAUCACUUUUCAUAUAACAAAACGAAUGAACAGUACUGUAAACUUUACAAACUAGUUAGUAGUAACGUAUUCUAUAAGGUACUGUUUACAAUCAGAAAACAAAAGAAUUUAGUACUUUGUUCCUUGCAAUAUUAAUUACGCAACUUAGUUUAACAACUGUUAAAAGUGUUGUAGCUUUACAAUAUUACUUAAUGCAAGCUAUAAAACUAUUUUUGAACUAUUUAAUAAACUUAAAAUACUGUUUAACUUACUUUUAUUUUUGUAGAUUGAGGAAGACAAGCUAGUGUUGCCAAAAUCGGCAGACGCGGGCUUGAAGAAGUUGCUCCAGAAGCUUCUAGAAAAAGAUCCGAUCAAGCGGGCUGGCUCAGACGGAUUAGCAGAGUUGAAGAAGUUCGACUUCUUCAAAAACGUGGAUUUUGAAGCAUUGGCUUCAAAGAAGCUUCUCAUGCCAUUGAAAGAGCCGAUACCAACUAAUGAAGAGCUCGACAUCCAAGAUAUCGACAGAAGUUGGUUCGAAAAGAGCGAAUUUGAUGGGUUCGGUGACGUUUAUGUUGCUGAACACCUGAAGCCAAAGUUUGAAGCGAAUGUAGAAACCUAUGUUGAGAACGACGAAAACGUGACACCAAAUAUGGAUUCUGAAGUCAAGAAGAAGAGCAAGAAGCCAGUCAGAGAAACCAAGACGCAAGCCAAAGAAGAACUGCAGAAAGAAGCCGAACAACCACAAAAACAGCCAGAGAAGGAAGCUAAAAGGCCACGUGGGCGGCCAAGAAAAGAAGCCAAGAAGGAAGACAAGCCAGCCAAAGAAGCCGAAAAGCCCAAAGAGAAAGAGAAGAAGGCGACAAAACGGAAGGCAGAAGAGCCACCUGUCGCUGUUAAGCGGCCAAGAAGAGCUAAUGCUCGAUAUAAUAAUUAA